GUUAGCUACUAGCUCUGUCAAUCAAAUCGUCACUUGCAGCUGUUCUCAGAUCAGUCAGUGGGAUUCUCAGACCACAGCAGAAGGUUUCCCCGAGCAGCUAGUUCAUGUGACUUAAAAUAGUUUUAUAUACAAGUAAAAAGAACAGCUAGGGACUACAGUUUUACAUUUUCCGCUUCGACUCGUCCUUGUGACAUGUCUCUGUUUGUGGAGGACCCAGCUCACUUCUCUAAAUCCAGACUGAAGUCAGAUCUCGUUGCCCAUAAUGUCGCGCUGCCACAUACCAAGAGCAGAAAGGAGGUUUAUGUGGAUUUGCACUUAAAACACAUCGUUCAGAAAAACGCAGGAGAUUUCUCUAGCGACGAUGAGGAUCAAGAACAAGAUUUGGCAGACAAAGAGGAGGAGGAGGAUGCAAAGAUUCUGGACCCAAAUACCUUAACCGAUGAUGACCUCAAGGCUGCACUGCUCGAACAUGGUGUUAAAGCUGGGCCAAUAGUUGCCUCCACUAGAGCCUUGUACGAGAAUAAGCUCAGGAGACUGCAACAGUCAGAAGGACAAGGCCAUGUCAAUGGAGUAGAGAAAGGUGUUUUGUACUCUGACAGUGAAGAGGAGGAGGAACAAGGAGAAGAGGAGAGGACCUCCACAGGUUCAGAAGCAGCAAAAGAAGAAACCGCUGAACAGUCAAACCAAGCACAACAAGGCAGCAGUAAGAAUGGUGAUUUUGUUUACCCGCAGUGCUUUUUACUCUCAUCAAGGCUGCGUGUUCAUGCUACUAGAAAAAGGGAACCUAGUCCCAAGAGGAAUUUGGGGAAUGUGAUAAAAUCAUCGGAGCAGAGUCGGCCUCCCCGCUCACAGAUUCCCGGAGGAAUUACUAAAGCAUCCCCUGUAGAUCAACGCUCGGGAUUAGGAUCAGGGUUUCCAUCUGGACCACAAUCAGUUUUGUCCAAUGGCGGCUCAUCAAUCUCCUCUCAGCCCUUCAGUAUCACUCUAAUGGUUGAGGAGGUGGAGAGGCGGAAGUCACUCUCUUCUAGCACAGACACUGAGAGAGACUUGAAUGGGAGCAAUGUGCAAGAACAUUGGUCGCGGUCCAACAGGCCGGACAAACCUAUUGUGGACAUGUGCACCGUGAAGAACCAGUCUCCGUACUACACUCCAAAGGAAUCUCCUUAUAAACAGAAAAUGAAGCCUUCUCAGGAGCCUGUGAAAGAUACAUUUAAAGAGAUGUUUUCAAACAUGGAAUCUUCUCCCACAGGGAUGUGUGCCACUCGACGGAGACCUAUUAAAGGUGCAGCAGGGAGACCCGUCCAGUAUGCAUACCCAGACACUCCCACCAGUCCCAUCACCCUCCAGAGACGAAAGGUGGAGCGCCGCCUUGUGCCCAUCCAUAUACAGAUUUUGGUUUUCAUCAUCGUGGCUUGCCUACUUUAUAUCAUUUAUGUUUGUGUUGAGGACAACUCAUUUAGUCCAUUUGUUGCCUUACUGGACAGUCUAGACCCGGGUUCAGAAAGUGAGGAGGGGCUUAUGCUUCAGGCUGAGAUACAGGACACAGCAGUUUUCUCUGGACAGGAGUAAUUCUGGCUUUCUUUAAUCCAGUACAUUGACAUACAGACAUAAGCUUUCUUUUGGUGGUGCAAACCACAUCAGGGAGCACAUAUUGCUUGACUAUUGACUGUGUUUUUGUGUCUGUAUGGGAGCAAACCAAAAGUCAAGCUUCACAGUUUUAUAUAUUUUGCUUAUAGAUGUUACCGAAGUGCUAUCUAUCAUAGUAGUUGAAAGAAUAGCUAAAACACUGAUAUUAAGCAGAGACUUUAAAAGAUGUUCUCAAAGUUAUAAAUAAUAAAGUGUAAUGCUAUUGUUCUUUUCUAUUUUCUAGCCCAAAUUGUGUCAUUUUCAAUCAGUUCGUAUGUAUUUUUUUUAACAUUUCAACCAUGUUUCAAUA